AUGACACCAAGGUUGCAGGCUUCAGGUACAGAAAGGAUAGUGAUAUCUUUUUCAUGGUUCUUGCUAGUCCAACAGAGCAUGGAGUUGAAGAGCCAGAGCCACAUCACUGAGUUCAUCCUGCUGAGACUACCCACCCCGCCAGGGCAACAGGAGCUGUGCUUUGUGCUGUUCCUGGCUCUGUACCUGGUCACCGUAGCGGGGAAUCUGCUCAUUGUUCUGGCCAUCGAUGCUGGCCAGCAUGCAGACACACAACCAGCCAUCUCCUACACUGGAUGCCUGAGCCAGAUCUGCUUUUUCCUGUUAUUUGGCAAUCUGGACAAUUUCCUCUUGGCUGUAAUGGCAUAUGACCGCCAUGUAGCCAUCUGCCGGCCCCUGAGUUAUGUCACAACCAUGAGCCCCCGGCUUUCUGCAAUGAUGGUGGUCACCUGCUGGGUCCUCACUGCUCUCCAUGCACUUGUCCAUACCCUCCUGAUGACUCGGUUGUCAUUCUGCACAGACAGGUUGGUCCCCCACUUCUUCUGUGACCUAUCCACUCUGCUACAUCUCUCCUACUCUGACACCUCUGUCUAUAAAGUGGUCAUCAUCAUUGUCAGGGAAGCAGUGGUGGUGGGCCCAUUCUUGGGCAUCCUGGUCUCCUACACCCACAGCUUCUGUGUAGUCUUGAGGGUGCCAUCUGUCCGGGGGCUGCUUCGAGCCAUUUCUACCUGUGACUCCCACCUGGCUGUGGUGUCCCUUUUCUAUGGGACCAUAACUGGUCUUUACCUGUGCCCCUCCCCUAGCCGCUCAGCAGAGCAGGGGUCUGUGGUGGCUGUGCUGUACACGGUAGUAACCCCAUUGCUCAACCCUUUCAUCCCCUUCAGUGCCUGUGCAACUGUGACCUACUCCAGCAAAUGUGCCGGACCCUGA